ACACACUCAGGUAGACAGAGCCGGUUGUGCCGGUAGAGACAGAGAGGGAGAAAUUUAGCAAAAGGCAACAGGUGAGUUUGAAGCAUUGUGAUGACAGAGGAGGUAGAAAUCAGACAGAGAUUUUUUUUCCUUUAUGAAAUAUUCAUAAAAUAAAAAUUACUUACUGUGCUUUACACGGAAGUGAUCCCACAUCAGAAUUCUUCAACUUCUCAACAGUGGCUGACAACGGAGACACUACAACUGAGCAGUUGAGGGAUAAAGGGUCUUGUUUAAGGACCCAAUGGUGGCAGAUUGGUGCUGGGAUUUGAACUCACAACCUUUCAAUCAGUCUCAACCACUGAGACACCACUGCCCUAGGUCACCUUUUGUGAUCUGAUGACCUUUUGUCACUGACUGGAUAUCUACACUCUCAUGCAAUCCAAGAAGAUUCAGUCACUCUGAGAAGUAUAAACCACCUUGUUUUCUUUAUAUAUACACGCAUCUACACUGCAAUUUCCUCUCUUCAGCACCAUCAAGAUGACUGCCCCCGCUAAGGAAUGGAAACCCAAGAAACCUCACUACAUCCCUCGACCCCCAGGUAAACCCUUCAAGUACCACUGCUUUCAGUGCCCGUUUACCUGCAAUGAAAAAUCUCACUUGUUCAACCACAUGAAGUAUGACUUGUGUAAGAACUCACUUUCACUGCUUUCUAAGCAAGGCAAGAUUUCCCUGAACACUGUUGAUGAAAUUAGCAUGGCAACAGCUAACAUAGAGGCAUCAAUGCAGAAUAAUGUUUCAGUGCAAGCCAAUGAUUUGAAAGAAAUGACUACGGCCCAGCUGACAGAUGACCACAAAGCCGGACCAAAUGAUGAAGGAAGGAAUAACACACCUGAAAGAGUGUACUUACCUCAGAGAGAUCCAGAACCAAAAAUGAAUGCAGAUCUAUUAAUGACCAAAGCAUCAUCCAGGACUGAUGAAUUAAAAACUGCAGCAUUGAGCAAUAAGGAAGAACCAGGGGCAACAACACAUACCUCUGCCUUUUCUCCUGUUUCAGCUUUUCAGGAAGACCCAACAUCAACCAUUCAUCAAUCAUCGAAGUCCCUGCAACAUCCGUUUCUUCCCGUAAACAACCCGAUUCCUGUUCAUAAUUCAUUCCUAAUUGACUACAAACCCCAAAAGCAUGCAAAAGAAACAGAACCUUUUUACCAAGGUCUGGAGUACCCUUCUUAUGCUUUCCACUACAAUUUAUACCCUAUACACUCUUCGUAUUCACCCUAUUUCCUUCGUGGUAAUUACUGCAAUCAUCUCCCUUCCCCUCCACAUUUUACUCCAUACGUGAUGGAUGCGGUACCACCUGGCAUCCACCCACUCUUAUCAGGGCAACUUCUUCCCAUCCACUCCAUCCCAACAAUCCCCAAUCCCACAUUAGACCAAUCUUAUGGAUUCUACCAUUCACAUCCAUCCCUUAGCAUGUACCGCCUUCAAGACCAGACCCAUCGUACCUCAUGUUCUGCUCCAGAAAUAGGCCAGUCUACUAUGGCUGUACCUAGCAGUCAUGGUCAUGCAAGACCUGAUCUUGAUUCAUACACCAUGGCUCAAAGAGAAUACUUACUCAGGCAGGAACCUGGGAUCAGAGUAAGCCAACAAAACAAAGUUCAAAUGAGUCCCAAACUUGGCUAUUCUCCAACUGGGUCACCAGCUGGGCCAAAUGCAAGAGAUCACACCCAGAAAGACUCAGAAUCCCAGAACUCACUGGAUGUAAGUGAGAUAGUGCCGCCACAUGACCAUUUGGAAGAGUAUAAGACUAAGACACUCUCAGCUGAAGAUGGAUCCAGACAAGUCAGCUCCACACACUGGGAGAGGCCAGCAGAACAAGAAGAAGUGGCAGAUGAUGAUGUGGCCCCACUGAACCUCUCCAAGAAAGAGCCUGAUUUUGAGUUUCCUUUAAACCUUUCUCUAAAACAAAUCUCUGGUAUCCCUACCUUGCAAACCCAUAUACAAGGUGAAAUUAAAAACACCAGCUGGGGAAUUACGGAUGCCAAUUCAGUGAAAGAAGAAAAUGAUGAUUCCACAGAUGAGCAAAAACAAACAGCUGCAUUUGCAUUGUGUCAGCUGGCCCAGUGGAAUCUGUCAGAACAGACAGAAUGCUCAGAGACAAGCACACACUUCAGCAAGUACACAGAGACUGGUGCUAAUGAUGGGCUGAACGACCAUCAAAUCAGCUCUACUUCACUUCAUAACAACUGCAUAUCCAGUAAUCCAGCAGUCAUGCCAAACAAAAUUUCAACCAAAGAAAGUGGCAAAACUGUAUCUGAUAGCACUGAAACAGACAAGACAAAUUCUCCUUCUAAAUUUUCUGAUCCAGAAACUUCCCUGGAUGUUAACUGCUCCACACCUCAUCCUGACAGUACAACAGUCUUUCCUUCUGAACCCAAAACCAAAGGUCAAACAAAGGCCGGAAGACGUGGAACACAAAAUGCAAAGAGGAGCAGAGACUCAGUUCCUAGCACUCGCAUUCUAAGGAAAAGACUUCGCUGUUAAUAGUUUCUAAAUUGUAGCAUUUGAGUGCAGGGCAUUCAGAAAGAAUGUAGAGCUAGACUUAAUGUUCAGUGUUGUGUCUUUUUGCAAAGUUCCUGAAACUGAGGUCAUCCAGCAAAUGGAAAAGAAAUCUCUAAACAUGCAAAACAAAGAAAAUUGUACCUUUUGUUUUCAAUUUUUAAUAAAAAAAAAUCAAUUUAUACCAAUAUAUUUAUAAAUGCUAUACAAAAUAAAUAACCCAUAAUUAAUUACCAACCAGUUUAGUUUAUUUUACUAUGAGUUUGGUGGAUAUUCUUACUUACUGUUUAACUACUUACUUGUACCUAACAAGGUUUAAUAGCUACUGUCAUAAGUCAUAAAAGUCUGUCAAAAAUCUCCUUAUCUCUCACUUAAGCCAGAGCAGUGUUUAGUUUCAUGCUUGACUGCACAAACCACACACACACACAUACACACACACAUUAGCAGGUGCACCUGAAACCUGCUAAACCGCAAACAUCACAUCAUGCAGGUAUGGACAUGUUGGGCUACAUGACCGUUGAGUUUCUGUUUCUCUCUCUCCCCUGCCCAGAUAAGACAUGACCCAUGCUUACAUAUGUUAUAGCAGCUAUAAACAUAAUAUAAACUAUGAACUAUAUAGCAGCUUCCCUCACCAGCCUCUCUUUUUGCUCUUUCUUGAAGUUACUAAGACAUAAAAAAUGCAGCAUGUCAUAUUACUAAGAAACCACAAACUAUAAAUUCCUCUGUCCUGAAGACUUUCCUCUAUCGAAUACUCUGACCUGUGUUAAAGUUACAGCUUUACCUCUGACUGUUACAAACCACUGACAGUGGAGACUUCUUUUAUGACUGUUAAACAAAUGUCUCCUUACAGAAAACUUUACUAUAUCAAUGGUCGAAAAUGUUUUUAAUCCAUUUAUAUGAGGCUUCCACCGUACCCGUGAACGGGUCUGUGAAAGAGCAGGUAAUAUAGAAAUGAUAAUGUUUUAGUAUGAACGCAUUAAUAAAAACCUGUGAUAUUCAGCUGCACUACUGUCAGAGCAAAUUAAUCAACGUUCUAAUAAACCAUGUGUAACACUGUUAAAUGCAAAUGACAUUCAUUUAUUG